AAUAACGAGCUUGUUCUCCGACCCUCCAUCGCCGUCACUCUCACACCUGCUACCUGCCCUCGACGUGAACGCCAGGUGUAACUCCGGCAACAUUCAGCCCACACCAAGGUCAGUGAAAGCCGAUAUUCUUUGUCGGUAUAAACUUUGGAAAAUUCUGCAAUCGUCGGACAUGUCCCUUCAAACCAAAGCCCUUCCACAGAAGGACGAGACCCGCCGUCCUUCAAUGGCCGUUCUGAACAAAGGACUUCAGCAGCAGGUCGAGGCUAGACGACCCUCCAUGGCGCCCCCUAGCAAAGGUCUUCAGCAACAGGAUGAGGCCCGGCGUCCCUCCAUGGCCGUUCUUAACAAAGGACUUCCGCAGGACGAUGCCCGCCGGCCAUCCAUGGCCGUGAAAAUGUUGUCUGUGCCGGGUGGAAGCUCCUCCCAAACGCCCCGGCGCACGAGCAGUGUGGAAAUGUCCUCGCCAAAGACAUCGUCUGCACCCAGGAGGAGCGGACCGUCGCUCAUCGGCCUGUUGGCGUCCAAAAGGUUAGCCAAGAAGCUGACCUCCAGGUUCCGACAUGGCAGCACGUGGGGCAUGCAGCGCAACUCCCAAGCGGUGCAGAUACAGAAGGAGCCGACCUACAGAAUGGAACCACACAACAAGUUUCACCCUGGAAAGGUGGAAGAAGUAUUAAAAAACAUUUUGGAAGAGAGAGCGGGGAAAAUGAAGUACUCGGCCAAGAUCUCUCCCAAUAUGUGCAAAAUCCUCAGUGACGAGAUCAAGGAGAGGGUCAAGCAGCUGAACUUUGACCGCUACAAGAUCGUGUGCAGCGUGAUGAUCGCCCAGAGGGGUCAGCAGGGUCUCCAGUUCAGCUCGCGCUGCGCCUGGGACGAACGGCUGGACAACUUUGCCAGCUACACCACCAAGAACGAGCACAUCAUCUGCACGGCCACAGUCUUCGGUGUGUACACGGAUUAGGGAGGACUGGCAUUGUUCAUUCAAACACCAGGUGUAAAAUUAUCUGUCUUGCAAAGCCCGUGUCGGACAUCGCCAGAUGGUAAGCGCCAAGCAAUACCUGCCAAUGAUUUGCUUGGAUCGGAGGAACAGAUAAACACAGAUAAACUUAACUGACAGAAAGAUGUCUUCCUUUGUUAGUACAAGAGAUUCACAUCCCAGCAAGAGCACGUGACCCAACGAGAAAACAUCUCGUGUCGGUCAUCAACCCCAGCACGCCAAAGACUGACCAUCAGCGAUCAGUUGUAAAUGUUUCACGUGUUUAUUUAAUUUUACUAUACUUAUUGCCAGACUUUAAAACUCCUGGCUGUAGCUGAUAUGUAACCACCGGUUAGCCCUCAAAGCAUGUUCUGAACUUUUGUGGAAAUGGAUACGACUGGUCUGGGUGGCGCCAUCUGUAUAAUGUCAGCAUACAGGAGACAUUAAUGUUCACAUCAUAUCUCAAUUAUGUGACAAAGGGACGAGGAAACUCGAGAGAAGCAAGGUUCCUUUAUUAAAGCACUCUGUAAGUCUGA